AUGGUCAUGCUCGGUGCUAGCCCAGACUCUCAUCAGUCUCAAUCCCCGGUUGAAUUUACUCUCAACGACUUCUUCUCGAGGCUCGUCCUGCUGUCGCUCCAUCAUCUGACUUACAUCGACCCAAACACCAACUAUGCGAUAAUACGGGUCGAUAAUCCGACAAAUAUAACGGUAGCUGCGACGGUGGAACCAGGAAUACGGUGCGUGAAGAUCACUACGAAGGACGCAUAUCCCAUCGGUAGUCUUGCUGUUAUUGACGUUUGGCACAUACCCUACGGUUGUUCCGUACGUCUGGCCUUCAUUCUGGAUGCUCGGCACCGACCUCCUCUGGCCAAAUUCCGGCGAAAUUACAUCAUCGAAGCCAUCAACAACCUCGAUUCAAACCAAUACGCCCUGCACACCACCUCUGAAUGUUUCCUAGGCACGAACUCGAUACAUUCAGGGAGCAUUCUUCAAACUUAUUUCUCUACGGGCGCAGGACUGGCGGAGGUGUGUUUGCGACGCAGUUUGGAUGUUAGUGGAAUCUAUGUGUGGUUUCGGCCGCGCGGGAGUCUCCCGGCAUCGAUAUCUCAAGCCAAUAGCUCCUCGACUAUAAACCUGACCGAUUGGGAUACACCUACCGCUGCGUAUCUUUUCAACGCCUGUAAUAUCGCGCAAUACUUCCAGCCUCAACAACUCAUUAUUGGUAUCACUCUUUGUAGCGUGUGGGCCGGCGUUCCAUCGAUCCAUAACUUUACAGGAUGUUCAGGACAAUGUAUCGACAACGUCAUCAGCACUGGAAAUCUCAUCUACAACAACGCCUCCUGGGAUAUCGCCUACACACGAAGUUACCUUGCUACUGCCACCACAACUCUUACUAUGGGAAACGCGUCAGUUUCCCCAGCAUCAAAAGAGCGCUUCAUCUCGGCCGAUAGAUUCCAAGUGUUUAUCGUAAACUGGUAG